UGAGUACAUUUUUCCGUGUGAAGAAUCUCUUUCAUUUGGUGUACUGUAUGAUUUCAGAUCAUGUCUGCGACAUUCACAGGUGCGACAUGUUCUUGUUUUCAUAUGUUUCGUUUAGAGUCUGCAGUCUCUGUCUGUAACAUCAGAGUGCAUACGAUCAAUUUCGGAUGCCAUCUUGAGUGGGAUUGCCCUGAUGCCAGUCCUAAGACGACUUACACUGUCUUGAGCAAGACACACGGUACAUCAUGGAUAAAUGUUUCAGGCUGCAUCCAGAUUUCCCAGCAAAGUUGUGAUCUGUCACAUGUAUUUCCGAACUUAAACAGCUACAACUUCAUCAGACUGACAUCUGAAUCUCUCUGGAUUAAUGAAACUUGGGAAUGCGACCCUAUAAAUGACUCUGCUGCCAAAUUCAGCCCGCCUUCCAUAACGAUCUCCAUGGACAAUGGAAGUCUCUGGGUGACUGUAAAUUUUCCAUGUUCUCCAUCCAUAAGCUGCUCUAACGAUGUUGGAUAUUAUGAGGAAGAGGAGGAGAUGGGAAGCUCCUGUCCCCUAACUGAGUUUAAAAGUCUCCAGGCCACAGUCACUCUAUACAACAAACAGAACAUCUCUGACAGACAGGCACACACUGCUGAAGUGUUGGAUGAAACCCCAUUCAAGGUGGAAUUUGGUUUUCUUACACCAGGGCAUGUGUACUGUGCUGUGGCCAACUUCACAGUUGAGGGAGUGCUGGCCUCUUCUCCCCCGAGCAUCCCGCAGUGUGUUUACAUACCAGUAAAUAACGAAAGCCUCAUCGUCGUGGUUGUGUGUGCUGUUCUCAUCACUCUUGGCUUAGUAUUUUUUCUGGUCUGGAGACAGCGUGCACCUUCUGAACGUCCCCUGCCCAGAUCUUUGGCUUUACUUCGAGACCUGGAACUUCAGAACGAGACUUUCAUUGACUCUAGUAAGGUUGCCCCACACAACGAGAGCUCUGAGGGUGACCACGUUUCAGUUGUAUCCUUCUCUGACUUCACACUCCUGGACAACCAGUCAUCUUAUUACAACACCCAAAGCCUGGGCAAUGGCUAUUACACAAACCCCAUCCUGCACAAUCCAGACUGCACUGAGGAAUCUGCGGAGUAUGAAGAGUUGUGCACAGAAGUCCAACAUGAUGAGUUCCAUCUGUUACCAUCGCAUCCAAUUCUAGAAACAGAGGUGGCAUGUCCAUAUCAGAAUCAGAAUAAUUUUCCGUCACUCAGAGACAUUCCUCUGAGCUCGGUGCGAGUGGAACACACUCAACAGGACGAGACAUCAACUGAAGCCCCAGAGCGGUCUGAAGACGUCAUGUGGGGAAAACUGAAUAUGAGACCAAUAGAAGACUUCCAAGCAAAUUGAAAACUACUAAUGUUUUUUUUUUUUUUUCUAAAAUGUUGAAUAUAACGUUUUUUUUAGACUUGAGAUACAGAUUUGCUUUGUGUACAGUUUUUAAUACCUGCUUUUUUUGGUGCUAUUAAUUUGUGACCAUGUGAUUCUGCCCUUUUGCCCACUGACUAUUGUCAUUGCAAUGAAAUGGAUGUAGCGUCAGAUCUUUUCUUCUGUACUGUACAUCUGAUUGUGACUAUUAUUAUUUUUGCACUUCAUGGUUUGUUUGGGAUCCCCCCUACAGUCCAGUGACUCAGAGCACUAUAAAUCCUUAUGCUGUCCCUAUGAGGAGCAGUGUUAUUUUUGGGCAACUGUAAGUACAUGGUAUGCUUUCUGUAUGGCUUGAAUUUAAAUUUUUGGAUCCAUAUUUUUUACUUCUGACUCAGUUGCCCUAUUUUGAUUCAUUUUCUGCGGACCGUGUCUCACAGUUAAUCAUGCGAAGGUGCACAAUUUCUGCUGAUCUUGCUUGUUCUCUGGAACAGUUAUGGAAAUGCUCCCAGGAAACAAGUGAGACUCUAGGUUCUGGAAAGUGUAUUGUUGCUUUGUAUAGAAUUAUGCAUAUUUCCUCCUUUCUGAGAAAGUGUAUGUGGACACUAAUUAAAUUCGGUGAGGUCUAAUUGUGUUCUGUUGAAUUUUGGUACUGCAACAGUUUUUG